CUGAUUCGCUGUGACGACGGACCUUUAUUUCCGGUACCACCCACACAGCCGCCAGAUGUUAUCAUCGUGACCACAGACCGUCUGUCGUCUCGUGCCUCCGCUCACCAUGACAACACCUGGGCUCGUGCUGGUGAUGCUCGCGCUGUCUCUGUGUCCAGGAGACUGCAGGUUCAUCAUAGAACCUUUGUCUCUCAUCAAACAGCUGACAUUGGACACAUGUUCAGAAUGCACACAGAUCCUCCAGCUGUCCGCUAACAUGAUCUCCAGCAGAGACACUAAGGAAACUGUGUAUGAAACCUUGCAUGCUCUCUGCCAGCGCUUCCCACAUGAACAGGCAUCACAGUGUGACUCACAGGUCAAGGCAUAUUUGCCCAAAGUGCUGCAUCAAACACCUGGUCACCUGAAGCCAGUUGAGACCUGUUUGGUUUUUGGACUUUGUGCUGCCCAAAAUGAGGAAGAGCUGCUGAAACUUCCCCAAUAUGUCACCGAUAAAGUCAUAUCCAGCUCUGCACUUGGUGCAGCGAUCAGCAGCUAUGAGAGGUUCAACCCAGUGUGCUCCCUGUGUCUGUUUGUCAUCAACAAACUGGAGACCCUUCUGCCUAAAAACAUGACUGAGGAAGCUUUAUUGAAGCUCAUGGGAGAGGUCUGUGAACUUCUACCUCAUAGCUACAAGGACCAAUGUGAUGACUUCAUCAGUAAAUAUGGCGUAGAGAUAGUGGAGUUCCUCAUGUCGUCUGCGGCGCCUCACACAAUAUGUACUCUUCUGCAUCUGUGUAUGUUUGAGGAGCAGCUUCCUCCAGUGGCGUUCCUCCCCUCGGACUGCGAGUCGUGCCGCACACUGGCUGUGCUGAGCCGACUGCACCUGGGUCCUAACUCAACCGAACCUGAGACCUCGUCUUUCCUGCAGUCUGUGUGUGUCCAUCACCCCAAUGCCAUCCCCAAGUGUCAAGCUUUCACCCAAAUCUAUGGCUCCCGACUGCAGAAGGUUUUGGGAAACCAGAUGGAGGUUCCACAUGCUUGUGAAAGGGCUGAUCUGUGUGUUGCCCUGAAGAAGAGGGAGCCGCUGGGGAAGCGUCGUUGUACUGAAGGACCAUAUUGUUAGUUUAACUGAUAAGCGAUGCACAGGUUUUCUGUGACAACACAUGGAAGAUGAUUAAACCAAACUGUCGUUACGUGUACACAAUGAAUCACUUUCUUAUAUCAAAUGAUUCCACUUUAAUGUUGCACACUUUUUUUUUUUUUUUUACUUUCAGGUAAGCCAUAAAUAUUCAUCAUGAAUUUUUCUGGGGUGCAUGCUUUUAUUGUGAGACCAGGGCUGGGAUUUAGUCAGAAACAUGUUUCUGAGGCAGUUUAAUCAAAUGUUAUGCACAUUACAAUAUGUAUGUCACUAUGAAUGUGAAAAUUAUUAGCUGUAAGAUGAACCCUCAAUAUGUAUUAAAGACAGUUUGGACAAUUGA